AUGACAUCCGUCAAUUUGAUAUAUUUCGUGUCCAGUGCAGUGGGACUGGUAUUUGUCUAUACUGCUGGAAUUAUAAUCUACAGAUUAUUCUUCCACCCAUUGGCCAAAUAUCCUGGUCCAUUCCUGGCAAAGAUCUCAGAUGUCUACCAAUUGUAUCACGCCUGGAAAGGAGAUCGACAUCUAGAAUUCUGGAGGCUUCACGAGCGAUAUGGCAAGAUCGUGCGAUUCGGUCCCAAUAGCGUCUCUUUCAACUCCAACACAGCAUUAAAGGAGAUCUACGGGUUUAAGUCCAAUGUACGGAAGGCCGAAUUCUACGAUGCCUUCGUUCACCCGGCAUCUAACACCCAUAACACAAGAGAUAAGGCCCUGCAUGCUCGUAAGAGGAGGGUACUUUCACAGGCAUUUUCGGAUUCGGCUAUUAAGGAGAUGGAUCGAUAUAUCUUAGCUAAUGUGCGAUCUUUCUGCGAACAAAUCGGACUUGGUGCCAGUGAAGAACGAAAAGGAUGGACUGUUUCUAAGAAUAUGGCUGAUUGGUGUAAUUACCUCGCCAUGGAUAUUCUGGGAGACUUGUGCUUCGGGAAGGCUUUCCACAUGCUGGAAAGACCUGAUAAUCGAUAUGCGCUAGAGUUAGUGUCGCUUGCCACAACUCGACAUCUAAUUUGCGGAACGAUGUCCCUCGUUGGCAAGCUCCAUCUUGACAAGAUCUUAUUCCGCAGAAUCGCAACUGGCCGAGAGAAAUACAUGGCGUACAGCAAGGCUCAAUUGACAGAACGCACCAAGCUCGGAAACGACACAGAUCGCCGUGACUUCUUCUACCACUUGCUAAAGGCAAAGGAUCCCGAGACUGGAAUGGGAUUCGCGACGCCGGAAUUAUGGGGUGAAUCCAACUUGCUCAUCAUUGCGGGUAGCGACACAACAUCAACAGCGAUGGCCGCGACGCUAUUCUACCUGGUUCGCAACCACGCCGCCCUACUAAAAGCAACUCAAGAAGUACGAUCAAAAUUCAACGACAUCGAAGAAAUAUGCCAAGGCCCGGCCUUGAACUCAUGCUUUUACCUUCGAGUAUGUAUCGACGAAGCAAUGCGCAUGUCUCCAUCUGUAGGUGGUAUACUGCCUCGCGAGGUUCUAAAAGGCGGAAUGACGAUCGACGGCGAGUUUAUCCCCGAGGGCGUCGUCGUCGGUACUCCUCACUACUCUAUCCACCAUAAUCCCGCGUACUACCCUCAGCCGUUCUCAUAUAUCCCCGAGCGCUGGAUAGUGGGUCCGCAUAAGAGUCUUGGUGGUUACGGAGAGAACGUCGUAACCGAGCAAGACGUGACAGUGGCGCAAAGCGCAUUCUGCCCCUUUUCGAUUGGACCGCGAGGGUGUAUUGGAAAGGGUCUUGCAUAUAUCGAGAUGAUGACGACGUUAGCCAGAGUACUGUAUCUGUACGACUUGCGCAAGUCUGCUGGCUUCGACCCUGGCGAGGGAAAUCCUGAUCUCGAAUGGGGACGCCGUCGUGUGGAUGAGUUCCAGCUGAUCGAUCAGUUUACGAGCUUGAAAGAUGGUCCGAUGGUUGAGUUCAGGAAGCGUGUUUGA